UCUUCCAAGAAGCCUUCUUCGCUCCGUUCUAAAAGCAAACCUCGUCUCGACGACCAAAAACACCAAACUUACAAACCAAACUCACUCGAGAUAUCUCACAAUCGAUUACCAGGCUACUUCGAAAGUCUCUCACAACUCCAGAGUAUCGACCUGUCUAUCCGUCAUAACCAAAACGAACUCUCCGAAACGACAUCCCGCUUUCAGCCAACCCACAUCACAACUGAGAGCCCUCACAAACCUCGAACGUUUCACCUACACCCAAAUCUCUCUCACCAACCCAACCUCUACUACCAACAACCGCAACCAUGUUCUCCACGCUCAUCCAUACCUUUGUCCUCCUCCUCACAGCCAUCGCAGCCCUCGCCGCCCCGACCGGAAGAAACAACUGGCCCCGCUUUACCGUGCCCCAGCAGCACUUUGAGGUCCUCAGCAUGCGCAUGCAGGAGCCCGUGAACCCGGCCGCCAUGGUGGAAGCCACCUGCAUCGACCGCAACGCCCACAUCGUCUUCCACGACCAAAACGCAGCAGAACUCGCCAUCUGCGGCAGCAUCUCCGGCUCCGUUGCCGCCUGCCACGGAAACCCCUCAACCACCGUCGGCCAAGCCGGCUCCGCCCGCUUCGCCCUCAAGACCACCGUCGAGGGCGCGAGCAUCACCAUUUCCAAGAACAAGUGGGAGCAGUGCGUCCGCGCCGCCCGCGACAAGUGCCCCACCGGCAGCCUCCGCGCCGUCUGCGCCGGCGGCGCGACGGCCGGCGAUGUGGAGUUUACGCUCAAGAACUCGUUUGGCAUGGACGACUUGUAAAUGCAACGGAAGCCCCCAACGUGGCUUUCACUUUUUUUGCGUGCUCUGGCGGUGGAUGAGGGGAUGUUAUCGUAUCUGAUGUGUUUUUCCUUUUCUUACUUUCUUCUCACAGAGAUUGUUCACUUGGACUUGGAUACCUCGUUUUUUUUCUUGCUAUAGGCAUUUUCUAUGCCGUGGCUUCAUGAUUUUGAUGAAAAGGGUUCCGGGAUAGGAGUUUGUUUGCCGUCUUCUAGGGGCAACAUCUUCUACAGUAUAUAUAUAUAUAUAUAUAUUGCGCUU